GUCCCCUUCUCUUGCCUCACCUCAAUUUCUUCCCCCAACGAGACGAGCUAUCAUUUCCCUGUAUGCGCCAUGUCCCGCCGCGCUGCCGUCCGAUUAGUCUCACUUCCCAGCGCCUUCUCAUCCUCCGAGUCCGCGGGGGACGAUUUAUUCAAGGCGACUUGGAGGCUGAUUGUGCCCGACCUGGGCCCACCCAAAACUCCUUUGGCCAUCAUGCAGCCACGGCCUUCCACAGCUCCAGACCUCUCUGUCAACAUGGUUUCCAUAUAUUCCCCGGUGAUAUCCAAUAGACAGUGUUAUCCCAUUCAGCAUCGCGGAUACUAUUGUAGUACUGAAGUGCCACCUUCAUCUCAAAUUGCCCAUCAUGUCCGCCUUGGAGACAUCAAGUCAGCAAGAGAAUUGUUUGACCGGACCCCAUACAAAGAUGUCGCAUCAUGGAACUCUAUAAUUUCUGGAUACUUCCAGAGCAGUAAGCCUAACGAAGCCCAGAUCCUAUUCAAUGCAAUGCCCGAGAGAAAUAUUGUUUCCUGGAAUGGAUUAAUUUCCGGGUACAUAAAGAACGGGAUGAUUCAGACAGCUCGAGAAGUGUUUGACACAAUGCCCGAAAGGAAUGUCAUAUCCUGGACUGCCAUGGUCCGAGGCUACGUGGAGGAGGGAAUGCUUCUGGAGGCCGAGACCCUGUUUUGGAGUAUGCCUGAGAAGAAUGUCAUAUCUUGGACCAUCAUGUUGGGCGGGCUGCUCCAUGAAGGCAGGAUCGAAGAGGCAAGGAAACUUUACGACUUGAUGCCUGUGAAGGAUGUCGUUGCAAGGACUAGCAUGAUUGGUGGGCUAUGCUCCACGGGCCUUUUGGAAGAGGCACGCGGGAUUUUUGAUAGCAUGCGGAAUAAGAAUGUGGUUUCGUGGACAACCAUGAUCUCGGGCUAUGCACAGAAUGGAAAGGUUGAUCUUGCAAGGAAACUCUUUGAGGUCAUGCCUGAAAGAAAUGAGGUUACUUGGACGGCAAUGCUUAUGGGUUAUGUUCAUUGUCGGAGGAUUGAGGACGCGUGGGAGCUUUUCCAGGCUAUGCCAACUAAACCGGUUGUUGCUUGCAAUGCAAUGAUUGUUGGGUUAGGUGAGAAUGGAUAUGUCUCGAAAGCGAGGGAAAUUUUCAACUUGAUGAAGGAUAGAGACGACGGGACAUGGAGUGCUAUGUUAAAAACUUAUGAGCGGAAAGGGUACGAAAUGGAGGCCCUUAGUCUUUUUCGUAUGAUGCAGAGAGAGGGAGUUAGACCCCAUUUCCCCUGUUUGAUCAGCAUUCUUUCAGUUUGUGCGAGUCUUGCCACUCUGGAUUACGGCAGGCAGGUUCAUGCUAAAUUGAUGAGGUGUGAGUUUCAUGACGACGUGUACUUGUCAUCCGUUAUGAUCACCAUGUACAUGAAAUGUGGUGAUGUUUUCAAGGCCAGGAUAGUUUUCGAUAGAUGCUCGUGCAAGGAUAUAGUGAUGUGGAACUCAGUCAUCUCUGGCUAUGCGCAGCAUGGUCUUGGAGACGAAGCUUUACAAGUGUUUAGAGAUAUUUCCUCAUCGGGAAUUCAACCAGAUGAAGUUACGUUCAUUGGAGUCCUCUCAGCCUGCAGUUACAGUGGAAAGGUUGAAGAGGGUAAGGAAAUAUUUGGGUCCAUGAAGUCAAAAUACAUGAUCGAACCAAUUACCGAACAUUAUGCUUGCAUGGUUGAUCUUCUUGGGCGAGCGGGCCAGUUGGACGAGGCCAUGCGUUUGAUCAACAAUAUGCCCUUAGAGGCGGAUGCCAUUGUUUGGGGUUCUCUCAUGGGUGCGUGUAGGAACCACAUGAAUUCUGACCUGGCAGAAAUUGCUGCAAAGAAACUUUUUCAACUCGAGCCUAAAAAUGCCGGCCCUUAUGUCUUGCUAUCGAAUAUUUAUGCCUCAAGAGGUAAAUGGGAGAAUGUUGCCCGACUGAGGAAAAACAUGAGGUCCAGGAAGGUGAAGAAGCCACCUGGCUGUAGCUGGAUUGAGAUCGAAAAAGAAGUACAUAUGUUCACUGGUGGAGAGAUGCAAACGCAUCGUGACCAUACGGAGAUUGUUAGGAUGUGGGAGAAGCUAAGUGGGAUGUUAAGAGAAGCUGGUUAUAAUCCUGAUGGCGCCUUUGCUCUACAUGAUGUGGAGGAGGAAGAGAAGGCACAGAGCUUAAGACAGCACAGUGAGAAGUUGGCUGUAGUGUAUGGACUUCUGAAGCUUCCUGAAGGGGUGCCUAUUCGUGUAAUGAAGAACCUGAGGGUUUGUGGGGAUUGCCAUGCGGCUAUUAAAUUAAUUGCGAAACUCACCCGGCGUGAAAUAAUUUUGAGAGAUGCAAAUAGGUUUCAUCAUUUCAAGGAUGGGCUGUGCUCUUGCAAGGACUACUGGUGACUUUGUGAAAGCUGCACUUGAUUGUUGUUUUACUUUGGUUUCUAAAGGGUUUUUGGACGAUGAUGCUUUAUUCGUUAAAAUCUGAACACAUUUGGGACAGUGCACUUUAAAGUGGGAAUCCGAAUUUCUGUAGAAUAGUUUUCAAGUUGAAAUGAGUGCACCAAGGAUAUCCGUUGUUUCUAAUGGAUAACACUAUGAGCAACUGGAAAAUAACUUUUUGGUGGCAUAUUGGAGUAGGAACCCUAUUAAACGCACAGAAAACUGAGUCUCGCCUUCAUCCGUCUCUUCAUGAGGAAAAAGAAGUUGGUAGAGCUGAAAGAGGCUGUGGAGAAGUCAUGGAACGAGUCUGAAAGGCUAGAAAGGGAAAUUGCUGAAGUUCAAGAGCUGAAGCCAGGGAAUCUGUUGCCAGCCUUACUGAUGAAAUUAUCAAAUUACGAGCUCAGAGCGUUUCAGGUGAUAGAGUUGGAGAGUUCAAAGGAAGGUCUCCUAGACGAUAAACUACAGUUGACACAAACUGUUUCCGGUCUACAGUUGCAAAUCCGUAAUCUUGAGAAUGCUGCUGCUAUUCAUCUGUCAUCUGUGGACAACAAAGUGAUGGAAGCUGCAUGUGCACAGGUUGAGAAAUUGGUUUUGGAAUAUUCAGAGCACGUUGUAAAGGGUACCUCGACAUGGAGUACUUCAGGAGGCAGCAGCUGA